GGUUAGGCGCAGCAUAUUUGGUUGGAGUCUGUUUGGUGAUCAUGUCCAUACACUUAUACGUACCUUUUCAUCCCUUCCAGAACAAUAUUCUCAUAACUACUAAGCAUUUCAGUUAUCUUGCUUUCUAUUAUGGUAAUUUCAUCUCUCUGUUUUGAUGUGCAAUGGCCAUUCAAGCUAAAUCACAUUUGUACCAGUCUCUCAAUAGCACUAAACCUUUUCUUAAAUGUUUAUGGUUUUUAGAGAGAUUUAAAAUUCGCAUAUUUCAAGGAAAUGUCCACUAAAACCUCUAUUAAGUGAUUUUACUAGAAUAGCUCUCUGUAAUGGAUGUGAAAUGCUCUAGACAUGAACAAAUGCUAAAUAUUAUAAAUGGAGAAAACGUAAAUAUUGAAGAACUCAAAAGACUGUCUAUUGACGGUUGUCCUGAUUCUAAUGGGAUCCGUUCUAGAGUUUGGAAGUUCCUUUUAAAUUAUCUUCCUUAUCAUGUCGACAAACGACAAGAACGGAUCACUUUUAACAGAAGGCAAUAUGAAGGUUAUGUAAAGGAAUUUGUAUUUGAGUCUUGUGUGGCAGAUGCUAUGCCUGCUGAUCAUCCAUUAAAUUUAGAAUCAGAUGGAAAUUGGAUCGCGUUUUUUCGCGAUAAUGAAAUUUUACUCCAAAUUAAUAAGGACUGUCAGAGACUGUGUCCAGAUUUUGAUUUCUUUCGUCGUCCCACAGAGUAUUCUUGUCUAUCAUUAUUUGGAAAGGAAGUACCUGUUGGGGUGUUACGGAGAAGAGGGGAAACCUCUGCACUUCAGUCCCGUUCAUUGAAUAAAAAUCUUGCUGGUGUUACAAAUAUGAUUCAUCUGUCUACUUACGCUCCUUUCCAACCAAGCCAUAGAUUAUCUUCUGGUUUAGUAACACAAUUACAAAGAAGUAAGAUGAACCGUAAAAGCGAUUGGAAUUCGACCUCACCGCAUCAGGAACCACAUUGGGAAGUGAUUGAAAGAAUUCUAUAUGUAUAUUAUAAAACUCAUGUGUCUCAGGGUUAUGUUCAAGGAAUGAAUGAAAUUAUUGCACCGAUAUACUAUGUUUUCGCCACUGACCCCGAUGAAUCCUGGAGAAGCAAGUUUAUUCUGUGUAUUAAUAUAUUUGCUGAAGAUUGUUGUUAGAAGUUAGGAGCAGGGUACGUGGUAGCGAGGGCGAAUCGGUUGGUGAUGUAGUACAUCUCCAUCGACUAUAGUAGUCGAGGCGUCUGCUACAAAUAACCAACCACUGUCUAUCUCGACGCGUGAUGUUGACUGAUAUAGAAUUAGGCUGUGACAAAGAUAAGAUUAGUCAGUCUAAAACUUGGUAUCAAUCAUCAAGUCGUCAACAGUGAGACUGAAUCAUGUUUGUGGGUGCAAAAUAUCUGGUCGAUAUCGAUUAGAUUUUCGUGUCCAAUCGUUACAGAUGUGAUAUAACAUGGCUCAGAAUCACUGUCAUUUGUACAGAUGCAUCCAUUUUCUGUCUUCUCUCAGAUUUUGAGUCUCUCAAUUGACUACAUUUUU